UGCCCGGAGUAGCGGAUGCCGAGGACCCCGCCAGCGUUCCAAGCCUCUCCACGCUUCUCGCCGACCCCUCGGGCCCCCGCAGCCCGGGAAAAAGGCCACUCCGGGCCCAGCACCCGCUCUGCAAGGCGGACCUGCAACCCGGAAAGGCGGCGCGGAGUCGGAUUCUGCUCGGACCGGGCCCCGGCGGGCCGGCGCCGCGGGGAUGUCUGAGGCGCGGAAGGGGCCGGACGAGACUGAUGAGAGCCAGUAUGACUCGGGCAUCGAGUCUCUGCGCUCUCUGCGCUCUCUGCCCGAGCCCACCCCGGCCCCAGCCUCUGGGCCCUCAGACGGAGGGGGCCCCCAGCCCUGGACUCAUCCUCCGGGAACCGCCAAGGAGCCAGAGGAGAAGGAAGAUACAGAUGGGGAGCGGGCUGACUCUACCUAUGGCUCCUCAUCGCUCACUGAGCCCCUGUCCUUGUUGGGGGACCCCAAGACCGAGGACCCAGCCCCAGACUCGCGGCUUCCCGCCGCGGGGGCGCUGAGCCCUCAGCAGCUGGAAGCACUCACUUACAUCUCCGAGGACGGAGACACGCUGAUCCACCUGGCGGUGAUUCAUGAGGCCCCGGCUGUGCUGCUCUAUUGCCUGGCUUUGCUGCCUCAGGAGGUCCUGGACAUUCAGAACAACCUUUACCAGACAGCACUCCAUCUGGCCGUACAUCUGGACCAGCCAGGUGCAGUUCGGGCCCUGGUGCUGAAGGGGGCCAGCCGGGUGCUACAGGACCGACACGGCGACACGGCCCUGCAUGUGGCCUGCCAGCGCCAGCACCUGGCCUGUGCCCGCUGCCUGCUGGAAGGGCAGCCAGAGCUAGGCAGAGGACCGCCUCACUCCCUGGACCUCCAGCUGCAAAACUGGCAAGGUCUGGCCUGUCUCCACAUCGCCACCCUGCAGAGGAACUGGCCACUUAUGGAACUGCUGCUGCAGAACGGAGCUGACAUCAACGCACAGGAGGGCACGAGCGGGAAGACAGCGCUGCAUCUGGCCGUGGAGACCCACGAGCGGGGUCUGGUGCAGUUCCUUCUCCAGGCUGGGGCCCGGGUGGACGCCCGCAUGCUCAACGGGUGCACACCCCUGCACCUCGCCGCGGGCCGGGGCCUCAGAAGCAUCUCAUCCACCCUGUGCGAGGCAGGUGCCGACUCCCUGCUGAGAAACGUGGAGGACGAGACUCCCCAGGACCUGGCUGAGGAUCCCUUUGCCCUUUUGCCCUUUGAUGACCUGAAGAUCUCCGGGAAGCCACUGCUGUGUGCUGACUGAAGCCGGGACAGGCUCUAGGGCCCCGGACGCUCCUCCCCUUCCCAUCUGAAAGCUGGGGCCACAGCUGCUACAGUCUGGGCCCAGGCCAUGUGCCCUGGGGACUGCUGAGGCCAGAGCCUGGGGCCAGCACAGUCCCGAGCUGAGAGGAGGGACCGCAAAUAAGAGAGCCAGUCUGGAAGGAAGAGCUUCCAGGUGGAUGGAAGGACCCCCAAAGCCCCAGGCAACCUGGGCGAAGCCUGUUUACCUCUGUUGAAGAUGGCGGGGCUCUUGCCUCUACCCACGUGGGGUCAGCUUGAAGCUGCCAGCCGGUAGGCAACAUGGACUCUCCUGAGUGAGGAGAGACACUGAACUGUGAGUGAGCAGGGCCCUAAAGGGUUCCAUCUCACUGCUGAGGAGGACUUUGAAACACUGUUGUUUAAAGACUUCACACAGAAGGCCCUGAACUGAGCCUUUGGGGAUGGGGAAGUUUCAAGAACAUGACACUAAAACAGCAGAGACUUAAACACACACCCCCCGCCCCACUCCCGCCCCGAGUUGUUUUGUGCGUGUGCCUGUUUGUGUGCAUUGGGGAUUUUGAGACAGGCCUGCCCUGUGACCUUGUGGUGGAGGCAGAGAGAAGGAAAUUGUCACUUGAGCAAGGUAGGGCCUUGUAGGGAGGGUAGGGAGCCUAAUGGUCCUCAGGCCUCUCUGUCCAGCACAGUCCCUUGCCCUUUCUGUGGAAAUGCAGUUGGAUGGAGGAAGAGAAAGAGGAGUGAGAAGAUGCAAGUGGGAGGCCUCACCACGGCCCUGGAAGACCCUGGAGAGAAGGGCUAGCCUGUGGAGGGUGCCACGAGGGAGCGUGGCUUCGUAUGUUGUUUUCUCUCAUUCCACAUAUGUUUGAGGCACCUGUUAGGUCAGGCCUAUGCUGGGAUAGAAUAUGUGGGAAUAAAACCGUUUCUGGCC